ACUUCUUGUUCAAGAUGCCGGUGGCAACUAGAAGGCAGACAUCUCGAGGCAACAAUACAUCUUUAACACAGCCGCUCAAUGCGGCACCAACUGGAGCUCAAAGUAAUCCGACAUCCGCGAGUUCUCCUUGGGACUCUAUGGACGCAGUUUUGAAUGAAAUGCCAGUGAUUAAAUGGGUUUGGCAAGUGAUAAAAGUCAUCUUGGAAUUCAAGAACUCUCACCCGAAAACAGUUCUCGGUAUAUUGUCUACCCUUAUUGUACUCAUAUCGAUUUAUGCCGUUGUAAAAAUUCCCCAGCUGUAUACAGCCUACGAUAACACAACUGGUGUUUGGAACAGACUUUUUCCACCUGAUUUACCAAGCGUUUAUUUCAACGAGGUUUCGUGGCCUCCAAGGCAUCGAUGGGUUUGGCGUGAAGAAGAACUUUUCAACGUAACGAGGCGGAUAACGGUGCUGUCCAAAGAACAUGAUGGGAAGCAAGUUCACAUGUAUUUGAUCGGCGGUCCAGGUUCAGGGAAAUCGGAACUCGCUAGACAAGUGGGGCUUCGUUUAAAUGAAUCACUGAAGCAAGACCAUAGACCGGUUGACAUCAUAACAAUCCAGGCUGCCGCUGUCACUUCGCUCAUAUCAAGCCUUGUUGACUCAAUUUCUUCUCUCAGUAAAAGUUCAGCGGAAAAGACGGACGGUAUGAAACAAAUCAAAGAUGAGUUGAGUCUUAAAUUCGGCGAUUUGUUCUCAAAGGAAGGAGAUGAUUUAAAAACUGAAAUGAAACUAAAGAUUAUUUAUGCACAACUUUGCAAGCUUUUUAAACAACGAAACAGCCGCCCAGUGUUGAUUUUCGACAACGUGCGAGAGUUGAAGUGGUUGUUCCACAACCUUAACCUUGAACCAGGAAGUCAGCAUUUCACGACUUUUGUAGUCAUCGUUACACUAGAAAAGCGCGUGUCUGUGAAAAGACUAAGUGAUUACGUAGAGGUACAGGAUUUAUACGAGGGCAUGACCUCAAAUGAUUCCAUUAAACUUCUGCAACUGAUUACAGGAUUAGACAAAAGCAGCCAGCGCAAUGCUAAGGAACUCGCGGAUAUUCUCGGAAGGCAACCACUCGCUGUUGCCACCGCUGCGAUCUAUAUAGAAAGCGUGCGCCAAGGUCCCCCCAAGCGUUCGACAUAUUCUUAUGCAGACUAAAUUUCUGAGU